GACGACAAAUGUUUUCCCAGAGGGAAACCAUCAUUGCUCGACUACGUAGAGUUUAAGAGGGCGUUGAACAGUCGGUAGUAAACCAAUGAUAAUUAUAAAUAACACCAAUUGGGCUUCCGAUGCUUCUCCGCGACUGAAGAGCUCCACUGCAUGUGGACGGCGAAACCUCUUUAAACCGGACUCGCUCGGGGGGUUAGAGCCUUCACCACGGGAAAUUCCAAGCACGUUCAACUCACGCUUAUCAACCAUUUACAAUACCCCAUUAACGAGUAGGCAAUCACUUACAAUUUUAACAACACUUCAGACAUCACUCCAGAUUAAUCUUAAGUCGCCCGCCACCGCCACUGCGACGAACGAGUGGAAGGUUGCGGAUUCGAAAAACUACAAUUACAGUUUUAAAGAAAAUUUCGUGCGUUUUUGAUGUAGUUUACAAAAUUAAUGUCCGUCAAGGAGAGAGCACAAGUCCACCACCAGCAGACCGAUGUCAUCUGUGAACCCAUGCCCAUGGACCACUAGCGCCGGACGACUUAACAGCCUUUUGUGACCCCCCCGCCCCCCACGCCGACUCGCAACUUUGUCAAAGCCCUCUCCUUGAACAUCACGCGGCAUGGCCAACCUCACGGACACGCACGCCAGCGCUGGUUGCAUCCUCUACAUGGACGCCUUCAACUGUACGGGUCCCACCAUGCCCCUGCCCGCUCGCUCCGCAAGCCUGGCCGUCAUCUCCUUGUUCGUGGUGACCACUGUCCUGGGCAACCUGCUCAUCAUAAGCACCAUCGCCUUCUUCAAGCAGCUCCAGACGUCCACCAACGUCCUCGCUCUCUCCUUGGCCGUCACCGACUUCCUCAUCGGCCUGAUCAUCAUGCCGAUGGCCAUGACCAAGGAAAUGUUCAACUGCUGGUUCUACGGCGACGUGUUCUGCAAUGUGCACUUCUUCAUCGACUACAUGCUCACCAACUGCUCCAUGCUCCACCUGGGCAGCAUCGCGCUCCAAAGGUACGUGGCCAUCAGCGAUCCCCUGCACUACGCGACCAGGAUGACCAGGAGAUCGUUGGCGGCGAUCAUUGGCUUCUGUUGGCUCGGCUCGGCCGUCUUCUCGUCGCCCAUCCUGCUCAGCUUCAGCUCCGCGCUUUCGGAGCAGACGGUUGCGAGGAAAUCCUGCGCGGACAACUGCCUCUUCUACGUGCAUAUGGGCAUCAUGUUCGUCGUCGGCUACUGUCCCUACUUCGCUUCUCUCCUGGUCAUCGUGUGCGUCUACGCCAAAAUCUACAGGAUUGCGCGCAAUCAGAUGCGGAAGAUCAGAUCGGUGGCCUGCAAGGUGGAAGAGACGACGCUCCAGGUGAUCAAACGGGAGCACAAUGCCACGAAAACUCUAGGGGUCAUCAUAUUUUUCUUCCUCGUUUCGUGGCUCCCGUACUACCUCAUCGUCCUGUCGUCCAUGGCCGUCAAGAACACGAUGUCUGUGUACAGGGUGGCCCUCUGGGCCGGUUACAUCAGCUCCGCUUUCAACCCGCUGCUGUACGCGUCCUUCAAUCUGCACUUCCGCAACGCGUUCAAGAUGAUGCUGAGUUGCAAAAUAUUUGCGCCCGGAGCGCGACACACCAACUUAAAUUACCUCAACAAGGCAACAAAUGAUCAUAACUAAUUUGUAUAGUUUGUAGAGGGCUCCAUCAUAAUCAUCAUCAUCCAUGACCUAUCGACUGCUGGAUGAAGGUCUUCCCAAUCCAUUGCCAUCUAUGACAGCGACGCGAUGUUCCAAUUCACCAAGCACCGGUACAUCUGGCACCAGUACACGAAAAACUAAACGAGAAACUAUUUUCAAUGUUACCAGAUAAAGGCACACUGAGCUAUAUAGCUCUUUAUCAGAAGCGACCUGGCCACAAAUGAUAGCUCAACGAAGUGGCUU